CCCGCCCGCGGUCGCCGCAGCCGCCCCGCGGGGACAUUCAUUCUUGCCGCUUGCCUCUCUCUGGGCUGGGCGCAGGAGCUCCUUUGUAGGGUUUUGUGCCCGCGGCGCCUCCUUUUUUUGUUGUUGUUGUUGUUUUUUUCUUUCUUUUCUUUUUUUUUUCCUUCCUUUUUCUUUUCUUUCUUUUUUUCUUUUUUUUUUCCUCCCCCCAUGUUCGGGAAACCAGACAAAAUGGACGUUCGGUGCCACUCGGACGCAGAGGCUGCCCGGGUCUCGAAGAACGCGCACAAGGAGAGCCGGGAGAGCAAGGGUGCGGAGGGGAGCCUCCCCGCCGCUUUCCUCAAGGAGUCGCAGGGCGCCUUCUCCGCGUCGGGCGCCGCGGAAGAUUGUAACAAAAGUAAAUCCAAUUCGACUGCCGAUCCGGAUUACUGCCGCCGGAUCCUGGUCCGAGAUGCCAAGGGUUCCAUCCGAGAGAUCAUCCUGCCCAAGGGCCUGGACCUGGACCGGCCCAAGAGGACGCGCACGUCCUUCACGGCGGAGCAGCUGUACCGGCUGGAGAUGGAGUUCCAGCGCUGCCAGUACGUGGUGGGCCGAGAGAGGACCGAGCUCGCCCGGCAGCUUAACCUCUCCGAGACCCAGGUGAAGGUCUGGUUCCAGAACCGGCGCACGAAGCAGAAGAAAGACCAGGGCAAGGACUCGGAGCUGCGCUCGGUGGUGUCGGAGACGGCCGCCACGUGCAGCGUGCUGCGGCUGCUGGAGCAGGGCCGCCUGCUGUCGCCGCCCGGCCUACCCGCGCUGCUGCCGCCCUGCGCCACCGCGUCCCCGCACCCGCCGUCUGUGGCUGUGUUUUCGGGCCCCGGGCCCGCUGGGCCAGGGGGACUGCAUGCGGGCGCUCCGGCUGCCGGCCACGGCCUCUUCAGCCUACCCGUACCCUCGCUGCUCGGCUCCGUCGCCAGCCGCCUGUCCUCCGCUCCGUUGACAAUGGCCGGUUCGCUGGCAGGGAAUUUGCAAGAACUCUCCGCCCGAUACCUGAGCUCCUCGGCCUUCGAGCCUUACUCCCGGACCAACAAUAAAGAAGGGGCCGAGAAAAAAGCGCUGGACUGAUUUUACGUGUUUGCCUGUAUUUAUAUUUAUAGUAUCUAUUGUGGUGAUAUUUAUGGACUCGCGUAUUCGGCGCCCGAGGCUCCUGGGCUGGGCUUCCCGCUCCCACCAGGCCUCUGACAGCUCUCCUUCCCCAUUAGUCUCUGCUACCAAUCUUAUUUUGGGCUACUUUUUUUCUACCUUCCCUCCGUCCUCCUCUCCUCCCCCCAACUUCCUUCUGAAUCCAGGAGAAUCCAAAGAAUUGGGGGGGGGGGGAAUGCCCGAAUUAGCCAACUGAUGCCCCAACCGAUGCCAGGCCCUGGAAGGAAAAGACUGGUUCUAAGUCAAAGCACAGGCCACCUGCUCUAGAUCGGGCCGGGCCGCUGCUGCCGGUGAUCAUUCUUAGGAAUAUUGAAAGAGGAAAGCUGCGCGCAGAGCCCUGGGGCUGAAAAAACCGGUAGGUUUCGUUAGAGCAAAAAGGAAGACGUUCCUCCCUCUUGCCAGAGAAACCAGGGCUUCGGGGAGCCCCUGAGCCCCACUUUAUGGACUGCUUGGGAGAGCCGAUGCACACGCAGCUUUCUGGCUGGACAAAUCUUGCCGAUUCCCCACCCCCCCCCACCCCCAACACCUCUAGAGAAGCAACAAUCACAACCACCCCCGACCUCAGGAGAUACACCCAACGUCACGGUGGGCAACGGCGGUGAUACAUUGGACCGGAUCAGCAAUAAAGCCAGAGUAUAACUACCACAUAAAACCAGAUGAAGCGAAACCAGUUUUUAAAUACUCCUGUAACAAUCCAGUUUGGACGGCUUACGAAAAUCCACGAUAGAGAACGCUCCGCGGGGCAAUGCAAAAUUCAAGUUCUGGGUGUUAUGACUUUAAACGGGAACUUAAAAGGAAAAAAGCAAAGAAAAGCCAACGCCGCUAGUGAAAGACAAUUCAGAAUCUUUUCUCCGAGGCUGUUCGGGGCGACGGACGACAGCUCCCCGCUCCGGGAGCGAGGGAAGGGCGGCUGCCGGGCUCUUCUCGCCAGCGUCUCCCCGACGACGCGCAGGCAGAAUUGCUGGGCUUGGAGACGAAUCGAUGCCCUUUGCGUCCUCUUCCCCACUCCCGGAUUCAGGAAGCCCUUCCAGCACGCAGGAAACGACUGGAUUUCAGAGCUCUUCUUGGAGGACCCCGUGUCAGGGACGGAGACGGGGACAGCGGGGCUACCGGGCCUCCAGUGUGGUAGUCUCGGUAUUCAGAUCAGCUACCUGCUCAGAUAGGAAAGGCUUCCCUCCCCACACC